CUUUGUGUCUAAGGAAGAAGUUAUCCAGCUAGCUGGUAGACAGUUAAAGAGACUGUAGUAAUGCUAACUUGGCCGCAGUAGUGACUGACUUAUCCAAUAAGUAUUAAAGCUACAAGGGUUAGCUCUGGAGCAACUAGCAUCGCCGAGUGGCCAUUUAUCAGCGUUGGAAAACCAGUAAAAGGCUGCGGAUAGUGGACCUUUAAUAACUGACACCAGCUGCUGCGAAAGCUCAGAAAGUACCAUUAUAUUCAGUCAUGUCUGCGGCCGGAGACUUCGGAAACCCUUUAAGAAAAUUUAAACUGGUCUUUCUCGGGGAACAAAGUGUGGGAAAGACGUCAUUGAUCACCAGGUUCAUGUAUGACAGCUUCGACAAUACGUACCAAGCCACAAUAGGAAUAGAUUUCCUGUCAAAAACCAUGUACCUUGAAGACAGAACAAUCAGGUUACAGUUGUGGGACACAGCGGGGCAGGAGCGAUUUCGCAGCCUGAUCCCAAGUUACAUCAGAGAUUCAGCCGCUGCUGUCGUUGUGUAUGACAUUACAAAUGUCAACUCUUUCCAACAAACCACAAAGUGGAUUGAUGAUGUCAGAACAGAGAGAGGAAGUGAUGUCAUUAUCAUGUUGGUGGGAAACAAGACAGACCUUGCAGACAAAAGACAGAUAACCACAGAAGAAGGAGAGCAGAGAGCGAAAGAGAUGAAUGUUCUGUUUAUUGAAACGAGUGCAAAGACAGGCUACAAUGUCAAACAGCUUUUCCGUCGCGUGGCAGCCGCCCUCCCUGGCAUGGAUACCACACAGGACAAGAAUAGAGAGGACAUGAUCGACAUAAAGUUGGAGAAACCACCCGAGCAACCGGUCAGCGAAGGAGGCUGUUCCUGCUAGAGUUGUCAGCCGUUCCGCAGGCGUUUUCCUGGAAGCCGGUCUUUCUGUAAAUCUUCCCUUCACCACACCCGCCUCCAGUCCCCAGUCCGACUGAGAACACUACACACCCAUUACCUUCGGCUGCCGUGACUCCACCCGCGCUUUCAUCCUGAUGCUCUGAAAGCCACAUAUCACUAAAACUGAACAUCACACUGUAACUGACAUAUGUACUGAAACCACAGACACACGUGGAGCUCACCUUUACAUAGAGCUCCUGUUUUCAGUCAUUUCAGAAGAAUAUGUUGUUGCAGAUGCUAUCGGUCAUAUUGGUGUAUUUCUUUACAUCUUUUAUUUUCCAAACCAAACCGAAAGCGAAUGUCUGCUGUAAGUUAUCUGUCCAGGUUUGUGUUUUCAGAGGGAGAAUAUUCAUUUUAGCAGAAGAACACUGCUUUAAGCCUAGUACACUGUGUGGAUGUUGUGUGCAUUUGUCACUUGACAUAAUUUAUGCCGUAUAUGAGAGAUUUGGAAGACUUUCUGAUUUUAAAUUGGUGGUGAACAAACUUCUUUUAUUAAUCGAGUACAGUGUGGGAAUUUAAGUGGGAGCAUGUUCAGUUUAAUUAUUAUCACACUGUCUCUGUGGUGCAGCUAAAGUCGGAGACAGAGACCUUACUCUAAAAAUUAUGUUGCCUGGGCUGUCAGAGAAUAUUCUGUCACCUUUUUAUGAGCACAUAUUAUGAAAACACAUCAGAUUCGCACUACAAGAUUUUUAACGCCUCAUAAACGUACCACAAUAUGUCAGCCUCAUUCACCGUCCUGCCCCUGCACGUCCUCCAAGUUUUUUUUUUUAAGUCAGCUUUUUCCCUAAAGUUUCAUAGACUUUUUUUUCUCCCCUUUGAUUGUAGUUUUAAAGAGAGGAUUUUCACUUAAAACCCAACACAAACUAUAUGGAUGGGGAAAAUUGUAGCUUUUUAGGCUAAAAUCGUAGAGGGCUUCCUUGGCGUCAGGUUUCGUAUGAUAUUGUUUGAACACUUUCAGAACUUUGUUUUAUUUUUGCUUAUUUCUACUUUUUGGCUUUGAUUUUUUUAUUAGUGAUUUAUCAACACAUGUAUUUAAUCUACAAUGACUUGAAAUAUUUAUUUCUGUUGGAUUCAUGCUUCUUCUUUUCUUUUUUUUUUUUUUAUGACCAGUAAUAUUUUCCCUUGUGGUAACGAGUCCUGAAUCGCUACUAAGAUAUGCAUUCUUCCAGACGAGCUUUGACAGAAUCUGUGACGGAUUCUGCUGCUUUGUCUGGCUCCUCUGGGUGGGAGUUCGAUCAUACUGAUGAUAUUGUGCAAUUCUUGUGAGAACAUAUGCAGGAGAGUCCAGUAUGUAUAGUAUAGUUGUUAACAUUUCUGUCUGGAAUGGUUUUAAAUGAAAGAAUAAAUUUACACUUCUCACAACU